AUGGGACACCGCUUCCCAGGGAGGGCAGGACCUCCAGACAGCAGCUGCUGCGUUAGAAACCAACACAACGUCCUCCACUGGUUCACCGGCCACCUGGACUGUCACGUCCAACCUGACGUCCUCCAGCAUGCAGAGGACACCAGCAACCACAGCACCACCUAUUCACACCCCAUCAAGAGCAGCAGCAACACAAACCAGCCAAUCACCGGGCAACACAACUCCAUCCAACCAAUCACCAACCAACCCAGCACCAUCCAGCCAAACACCAACCACCAAACCAUCAGCCAACCAAUCACCAGCCAGCACAACGCCAUCCAACCAAUCACCAUCCAAGCCAGCACCAUCCACCAAACCAUCAGCCAACCAAUCUCCAGGGAGCACAACACCAUCCAACCAAUCACCAACCAACCAAACACCUUUCAGCCAAUCACCAACCACCACAACACCAGCCAACCAAUCACAAGCCAGCCCAGCACCAUCCACCAAAGCUCCAGCCAACCAAUCUCCAGGGAGCACAACACCAUCCAACCAAUCACCAACCAACCAAGCACCUUUCACCCAAUCACCAACCACCACAACACCAGCCAACCAAUCAUCAAAAACCACAGCACCAGUCAGCCUAUUACCAGGCAGCACAACACCAUCCGUUCAACGUCCAACAAAGAUAGGACUCCCAAGCCAAUCACCAGGCCCCACCGUACCAACCAGCCAAUCACCAAGCAGAACAACAUCAGCCAGGCAAUCACCAACAAGCACAGCAUCAGCCAGAAAAUCAUCAGUCAGCAAAAAAACAACCACUACAGCACCAACCAACCAAUCACCAACAGCCACAACACCAACCACUCAGAGCCAUCGAACCAGUCGUCAUCUGGUUCAGCGUCACCAGUCAGCGGAGCCUUGUCACCGGACGAGCGUCCAGUCAAUAUUUCACAGCUCACCCGGCAGGUGAAGGAAGCCCUGAGGUCGUCGAUUCGUAGGAUUCCAGCGGAGCCGUGUGUGUUUCCAUGCCUGAAUGGAGGACAGUGCGUUCAGUCGGAGUCAUGUGACUGCAGCUUGUAUCAGGCCACUGGGCACAGAUGUCAGACAGUCCCAAAUCCUGGCUUCGAAAGGGAGAUGACAUGCAGGACGUGGGGUCAGUACAACUUUGAGACCUUUGAUGGCCUUUACUUCUACUUCCCCGGUCGAUGCACCUACACUCUGCUGAGGGACUGUGAGGAAACCGCCCAGGGCAGCAUCGUCGUCCAGGUCCACAAUGAUCCGGGCUGUGGCUCUGCCCCCUACACCUGCCAACGGUCAGUCAGCCUCUUCCUGCCAUGGGAGGGCGAGGUCCGGCUGCACGCCACCAAUGUUACCUUCAAAGGCCGAAGUUUGCAGCUGCCUCAUCACAUCCAUGACCUGCAGCUGGAGCAGAUCUCGCAGUACGUUCUGGUGACGCAGCAGCACGGCUUCACGUUGGCCUGGGAGGGACGCAGCGGCUCCGUCUACAUCAAACUCAGCCCGGAGUUCGUGGGCAGAACCUGCGGCCUGUGCGGUAACUUCAACGCAGACGUCCAGGACGACCUGAAGACGAGCUACGGUGUGCUGACUCAUGACAUAGAGAUGUUUGGGAAUAGCUGGGUGGAGACGGAGCCCCACCAGGCCCGAUGUCCCACGGUGCCUUCUGACUUCUCUUCACCCUGCGCCGCAGUCGAUGCUCAUGUCCUGCUGAAGGUGGAGGAGGUGUGUGCAAUGCUGCUGGAUCCUCCAUUUCAGAGCUGCCACGACUUUGUCAGCCCUCUGUCCUACAUGGCCAGCUGCUCCAACGACCUCUGCAUGUCGGGUCCCAACGGUGAUGUGGUAUGCCAGGUGUUCAGCGAGUACGCCCGGGCCUGUGCCCACGCCGACCACCCACUGCACGACUGGAGGCAGCACAUUCCUCAGUGUGCGAAGCAGUGUCCUCUGGGUCUGCAGCACAGGGAAUGCAUCAGCUGCUGCCCAGAGUCCUGCAGCCUGGAGCGAACGUGCAUCGACAGCAAGCUGGCCUGCCUGGAUGGAUGCUACUGUCCGGAUGGUCUGAUCUAUGAGGACGGAGGCUGUGUGAUGCCCUCUGACUGUCCCUGUGAGUACCAUGGCAUGUUUUACCCGUCUGGACAGAUGCUGCAGGAGGAAUGCAACAACUGCACAUGCGUGGGUGGAGUGUGGAACUGCACCGACUACAGCUGCCCAGGCGAGUGCUCGGUUACUGGCGAUAUGUAUUUUCAGUCCUUUGAUGGGCGGAUUUACACCUUUCCUGCAACAUGCCAGUACGUCCUCGCCAAGAGUCGCAGCUCAGGAAGGUUCACAGUCACCGUCCAGAAUGCCCCCUGCGGAGCUAAUUUGGAUGGGGCCUGCAUCCAAUCAGUUAACCUGAUUAUUGACGAGGAUCCAAGAACGGAGAUAACACUGAGUCACGUUGGAGAGGUCUUCAUGGCCGGACAGUACCGCAUCUCCCUGCCCUAUUCUGACGACAUCUUCCACAUCCAGGAGCUGUCGUCCAUGUUCCUCCAGGUGAAGACGGCGUUCGGCCUGCGUAUGCAGUACAGCUGGAAGGAGUUUCGUCUCUACCUGCAGGCCGAUGAGCUGUGGAAGGACGACACGGUGGGGCUGUGCGGCACCUUCAACGGCAACAUUCAAGAUGACUUCCUAUCUCCGUCAGGUAUGAUCGAAAGCACUCCUCAGCUGUUUGGAAACGCCUGGAGGGUCUCAUCAGCCUGUUCACCCAGCCUGAGCACGCCUCAGCUCGACCCCUGUGACACUCACCAGCAGGCCGUGGCCUACGCCUCACAGAUGUGUGACGUACUGAACCAGGAUCUGUUCUCCGCCUGCCAUGAGUACCUCAGUCCGACACCCUUCCACCAGCAGUGUCGCUCAGAUACCUGUAAGUGCGGGACGCCCUGCCUCUGCUCUGCCCUCGCCCACUACGCUCGCCACUGCCGCAGGUUCUCUGUCAUCGUUGACUUUCGAUCGCAGAUUCCCGACUGUGCGGUCACCUGUCCUGCCACCAUGCACUAUGGCACAUGCGUGUCGUCCUGCCAGCGCCGCUGCUCUGCCCUCUCCGUCCCGCAGCACUGUGGGGAGGAGUGUGAGGAGGGCUGUGUCUGCCCUCUGGGAUCCUUCUACAACCAUCGAACACACACCUGUGUGCACAGGAGCGAGUGCCCCUGCAGUUUCCUUGGAGCAGAUUACGAACCGGGAGAUGUGAUCAUGACUUCAGCAGGUGUUCAGCUCUGUCUGAAUGGUAAACUGGUGUCUCAAACAACAGACAGUGACAGGUUGUGUCCAGCAGGCCAACUUUACCAGAACUGCUCAGAAGGUGAGGAAGGCCUCUUGCCAGGAAGGGGCGUGGCCUGUGAGCGCACCUGUGAAUCCUACCUGCUCAACCUCACCUGCUCGACACACGAGCCCUGCGUGGCUGGAUGUACCUGCCCUCCUGGCUUGCUGAAACAUGGAGACGAGUGCUUUGAACCGGCAGCUUGCCCCUGUCUGUGGAAAGGAAAGGAGUAUUACCCCGGCGACAGAGUCUCCUCCCCCUGCCAUCAGUGUGUUUGCCAGCAUGGGACCUUCCAGUGUGUGUUUCGUCCGUGUCCGUCCAUGUGCACGGCUUAUGGUGAUCGCCACUACAGGACGUUUGAUGGCCUGCUCUUUGACUACGUUGGCGCAUGCAAGGUCUACCUUGUAAAGAGCAGCGCAGACGUGAUGCUCAGUGUUACAGCUGAGAACGUCGACUGUUUCGACAGCGGAGUCAUCUGCAGGAAGUCACUGCUGAUCAGCAUCGGAAGAUCCUUCGUAGCGUUCGACGAUGACACUGGGAAGCCAAAUCCAUCCAGUGUGAUUGACAGGAAGCAGAGGAUGUUCAUCUGGCCGGCUGGAUACUUCACAGUGAUUCACUUCCCUGAGGAAGACGUCACCGUCCUCUGGGACCGUAAGACCACCGUCCACAUCCAGGUUGGACCUCCCUGGCAGGGCAAGCUGAGUGGGCUGUGUGGAAACUUCGACCUGAAGACGGUGAACGAGAUGCGGACGCCCGACAACAUCGACUCCCCAACACCACAGGAGUUUGGAAACAGCUGGACAGCAGCAGAGUGUGUGAACAGUCCAGAUAUCAGACACCCCUGCAGCCUCAGUCCACUCAGAGAGCCUUUUGCGAAGCGGCAGUGUGCCGUCCUGCUCAGUGAGGUCUUCCAGGCCUGCCACCCAGUGGUGGAUGUUACCUGGUUCUACAUGAACUGUCUGGCAGACACGUGUGCGUGCAGCCGAGGAGGUGACUGUGAGUGUUUCUGCACCAGUGUGGCGGCGUACGCCCAGCGCUGCUGCCACCAGGGGGUUCCUGUCGACUGGCGCUCCCCCUCUCUGUGCCCUUAUGAUUGUGAAUUCUUCAACAAAGUUCUGGGUAAAGGCCCCAUCAGGCUCAUCCCCUUCAGGGAUCGGACCACGCUGUUGGCUGCCAGCAGGUCCAGCGGCUCUGUGUUCCUGCUGCGGGGCAACCUCACCACCACCACCACCAUCCUCUCACAGUUCAUGAUGACGCCGGGCCUCAGCAGAGCCCGACCACACGACACAUCGCGGGUUUCCUUCGAGGCAGCCGACAGACCGAACUACUUCCUGUACGCGAGCCCCAGCGGCCAGAUGAGGCUGGCCAAGUGGGAGGAGAGCGAGGCAUUCUGGGACGGAGCCACCUUCAUCCUCCACAGGAACACCUGGAUCCCCGGCUACGACUCGCUGGAGUCCCACGCAAAACCGGGCUUUUUCCUGCACGCCACGCUGCUUCGCCUGCACCUGCUCAAAUACAGACACACCGACAGUUUCCGCAAGGCCACGCUGUUCAGACUGACAGGCUCCAGCCCAGAAACCCGGCCAGGUCCUCAGUGUCAGUGGAGGUACGACUCCUGCGUCAGCCCCUGCUUCAAGACCUGCAGCGACCCAUCGGCUGAAGCCUGUGUCAGCAUCCCACUAGUGGAGGGCUGCCUUCCUGUCUGCCCCCCACACAUGGUCCUGGAUGAGGUCACCCGCCGCUGUGUCUAUGUUGAAGACUGCAUUAAGGCUCCAGUGGUUGUGCAGCCUGUAACACCAUCCACUGCUCAGCUGACCUCUGCAGUCACCACCAGCCCACUUAAGACCACAGUCCCCACGAAAUCCUCCACCCCUCCACACACUGGUCCAACCACUAAAAUCACCACCCCUGUUCCUGCUGUCAGCACACAGACCACCCCCACUGAGGCGUCGCCGGCCCCUGACGAGCCAACCCAGCCGCUCACCGCCUCAACGCCUGCAGCUCCUGAACUCUCCAGAACAGCAGGACCCACAGUUUCCCCAACAGCACCCCCUGCUGUCAGGCCAGAAGUGGUAGAGCCGCUGUCUACUGUCAGAGUGACCGAAGCCCCACCCACCACUGUAACAGGGACAACGGCAUGGACGACUCUGAGCUCCACCGUCAGCCCCUUCAGCCCCAGCACGUUCAAGACCAGCAGCGCUCCUUUUGCCAUUACGGCUCUGUUCUGGCUCACCUCCUCCACCAAGCCCACCGACUCCCUGCCACCACACUUCACUACCACUGCCACAACCCUGCAGCCAACAACACCCACAGCACCCACCGCAACCUCCAUUGAGGGGCCAACCACCAUCAGUACCCCUCCUCCUGUUGUCACACACCCAACCAAAGAGACCACAGAGGCUACAACACAUUCAGCUGCGGUUGCUCCGAUUGUAACAGCUUCUAGUCCAAGUCCCGGUCCAAUCUCAGAGACGCCUUUAGUUACAGACAGAACUACUGUUCCCAGUACAGCUACCACUGCAUACACAGACACCAGUACAAAGACUGUAUCAGUGGAGAGACUUCCCCCAACAACAACUACACCCAUCCCUCCUGGUUUACCAAGCACGGGACUCACAACUGCCUCACCUCUCCCAACCUCGCCUCCCGUCGAAACAGGAACUGUGUCUUUGCCCAGAGCCACUUCAGCAAAGACCACAGAAUCAGUCCCACCAGUUGCACCUUUCACCACCAGUAAAACAACACCUUCCAUAAGUCCAGAGACAACAACACCACCCAUUACCUCAGAGAAGAUUCUGUAUAUGACUCCUACUGAACUGACAACCUCCACUUCAGCACUUCCUGAGGCACCAACGUCAGCCCCACUCCACAUAGCACGAACUACAACUGUACCAUCUGCUCCUACCUCAGCUGCUACAGACUGGAGAACAACAACUAAGAAAGUGGACACACCUGAAACUACUGUGUCUGAAAUACCUGCAGCUGCUACAACAACAGCAGCACCGCCGAAGAUCACAGAAUCCACAACUUCUCCUGUGUCCACCUCCACAGCCUUAACUGAGAGAACCUCCUGGUCUGCUGCCGUCCCAACGACACAGAGAACCACUCUGACCACAACUUCAGGGGUUCCAGAAACAUCCACCACGUCCACAGGUCCUCCUGUCACAACAAAACCCACUGUACCACCUGUGUCUCUUACAAAAACUACGACUGUACCACUGUCACCAACAACAGAGAGCCUCACCCAUCCUGUGUCUACCAUGCGGACUUCCCAGCCAUGGCGCCCUCCCCAUCAGGAGACCUCCUCCACAUUAGUCUACAGCCCCACAGUGAAGACUACACCAGAGGCCACUUCUGAAACUGUCAUCCAUGUGGUCACUUCCACUAAAACUACUGAAGUUCCUCGUCUUCCAGUAACAACGGCAAAGCCUGUUGUCACCUCUGCAACGUUACCUGCUGCCACACCCACCACUGCCCAAACUACAACCUCUCCUGCGAUCUCAACUGCAGAAAUUUCAGCUACCACAACCAGGAAACUGGUUACACCACCGCCUCCUGCACCUGGAACUCCUGAGACACCUCUCACCACAACCCCUACAAGGGCUUCACCAGAUGUUAGCACCACACUUCGACCUGUCAUCAUACAGCCGAUUACAGAGACGACACGUCCAGUGACUGGCAGAGUGGAGGUGUCAACAAGAGCUACAACCACGCCGCCAUCUUGGUCUCCGCUGCACACAACGACCUCAGCAGCUCUUCUCACAUCGAGGCCAACGACUUUCCCGGACAAAGUCACCACCCGGCUGGUGUCCACUGCAAGAGCUACACCCGCUACAACAACGACAACCAUCACACGGACAACGACCCUCAGGACAACACCCAGAGUUCCUGUGACCACAAGAGUUACCCCGAGAAUCACAACGACUGAGAGGUCAACCAUCAGCCCACUCACUGCAAGGGUAACUGUAGCAACAAGGCCUCCCAUGGUAACCACCAGAUCAACCACUCUCAGCCCGCCGGCUGUCACACCAAGCCUUCAUACAACAACCAUGUCAGCAGUGCCAUCUGCAACCGUCGCAACAUCUCCUGAGUUUGUCACUACAGCAAGCACGACCGAACGUGCCGACACAACCACAGCAGUUCCCCGCCUCACCACCACAACCGCCCCAGUGCCUGCUCCUACUCUAACAGCAGUCACAGCAUCCACAACCACAUCUGAGAAAACUCUGACCACCAGAGAGACUGACGUCUCAACCUCUACAUCUCAACCCACGACACCUUCACCUCAUGCACUGAUCUCCACCCAGGAGCCUGGUAUUCCCACACUCGCUACAACCUUACGCCCAGCAGCUACCACAGUCCGAACUACUGAGCCAGGGAGAGUGGAUCACACCAGUCCAGGUGCAACAACAAGUACCGCACUGGCGUCUCCUCACACAACAGUGGAAACAACCAGACGCACAACAGAGGGCACAUCGUCCAUGGCUGUAUCCCCUACAAGGACGUGCACUCCUCCGUACGCAGAGAUCGUUGAUGAGUGCACAAAGUACAUCUGCGUCAACAACCAACUCGUCCUGUUCAACAAGUCCCAGAGCUGUCCCUUCACCUCUGACCGGCCGAACUGUGGCCUGCUCGGCCUUGCUAUCCUGGUCAAUGGAGACAAGUGCUGCCCUCAGUGGGACUGUCCAUGUCGCUGCUCAAUGUUUCCGGACCUGAACGUGAUCACGUUUGAUGGGAACAGCAUUGCCAUCUACAAGGCCGCCUCGUACAUAGUGACCCAACUGCCCAACGAGACCGUCAGUGUCCUGGUUCAGGAGUGUCCUGCCGACUCGGAGUCACCGCUCCUCUGGAAUUUCACCAACCUCUGCCUGGUGGCGCUCAACAUCACGCACAAAUCCAACCACAUCGUCAUCAACAGGCUGCAGAGGAGGCUCUACGUCAAUUCGCGGUACGCCAAACCGCGAUUCAAAAAGUACGGCUUUGAGAUUUACGACACAGGAAACAUGUACCUGAUCCGGAGCCCUGCCGGUCUCAAGCUGCAGUGGUACCACAGCACCGGCAUGAUGGUGAUCGACACAGGCAGCUCCAGAAACAAGCUUCCUACCAUGGGCCUCUGUGGUUUCUGUGAUGGAGACCCAACCAAUGACUUGACUUUGGCCAACGGCACCACGGUGGGCGUGAGCGAGGAUCCGGCUCUCUUCAUCGACAGCUGGCAGGUUCCCAACACCACCAGCUACAUCAGCCACAGCCGCCGCCGCGAGCUCAACUGCUCCACCAGCGACUGCUCCAGCUGCCUGGCCAUGCUGCAGAACCAGGCCUUCUCCACCUGCCACGCCUUCGUUCCUCCCAGCACGUUUUGUGAGGUUUGGGUACGAGACGCAGAGUACGUCAACAACCAGUGUGUGGCUUUGGCUGCUUAUGUGGCUUCUUGUCACAAAUUUAAUAUCUGCAUUGAGUGGAGGAGUCCAGAUUACUGCCCCUUUGUGUGUCCCGACACUCUGCGGUAUCAGGCCUGUCUGCCGGCCUGCACGUCUCAGUCCUGCCCCAACCACGACUUUGACUCUGAUCCGGACCAGUGUUCAGGCCUGACUGAGGGCUGUGUGUGUCCCGAGGGAACGCUCCUCCACCGGCCGUACUCCGCCCUCUGCAUCUCACCUGAGAAGUGUGCCUGCACUGAUAGCUCCGGCGCUCCUCGUGCACACGGUGAGGUGUGGAAAGCCUCGCGGGACGCCUGCUGCAUGUACCGCUGCGACAACGACACCAUCGUCCCUGUGGAGUACAACUGCUCCUCCGUGGCGACGCCCGUGUGCCGUCGAGUCGGGGAGGUGAUCAUCAGCCUGGCCGACGACACCAGCUGCUGCCCACAGAAAGUCUGCGUGUGUAACCAGAGCCUGUGUGACCUGCUCCCUCCCGAGUGUAAAUAUGGGGAGAAGCUGGUGUCGUACUACAGACAGGAGUCCUGCUGUCCGGACUACGUGUGUGAGUGUGAUCCUGAGCUCUGUGAGUCAGACGUUCCCACCUGCAGAGAGGACCAGACUCUGAUCGCCACCAGAGCCGACGGCAGCUGCUGCCUGGCCCACAUCUGCAUGUGCGCCUCCUGCCCCGAGACACCUCCUCUCUGCCAGGACGGUGAGGUGCUGACGGUCGACGGAAACACCACCGACCGCUGCUGCCCCGCCUACCAGUGUGUGUGUGAGCCCUACAGGUGUCCUCAGCUCAGUUGUCCCGUUGGUAUGUCGUCGGUGGUGUCGGUGUCCAGUCCCGGUCGCUGCUGCCCCAACCAAACAUGCGAGUGUUCCUGUGAGAAGAUUGCCUCCCCAAAGUGUGGCCUGGGGGAGGCCGCCCAGCUGGACCGGGCCUUCCUGUCCGACCCGCAGAACCAGUGUGCCUGCAAAAGAUACAAGUGUGUGCGCGAGGCGGUGUGUGUGUUUGGCGAGCGGGGAGUGUUGCGGCCCGGUCAGACUCUGGUGGAGCACGGAGACGACGGCCUGUGCCACAGCAGGCAGUGCAGCCGCAGCCUCGACCCGGCGAGCGGCUUCCACCUGCUGCGCACCUCCAGCAUCAACUGCUCCGCCCACUGCCAACCAAAUCAGAUCUACGUCCCUCCAAAGGACCAGUCCACAUGUUGUGGUGUUUGUAAGAACAUUUCCUGCCUCUAUGAACAUGAGAAUGGGACAGCAGCUCUCUAUAAGCCGGGGAAGUCCUGGGUGUCGAACUGCAUGAAGUUCGACUGCACAGACACUCUGUCCGGACCCACUCUCAUCUCCUACUCCUUCAGCUGCCCCCCCUUCAACGAAACAGAGUGUAUGAAGAUCGGUGGAACUGUCGUAAGUUACAUGGACGGAUGCUGCAAAACCUGCAAAGAAGAUGGAAAGUCGUGUCAGAAAGUGACGGUGAGGAUGACGAUCAGGAAGAACGACUGUCGCAGCAACAGGCCGGUGAACAUCGUGUCAUGUGAUGGGAAGUGUCCGUCCGCCAGCAUCUACAACUACAACAUCAACACGUACGCGCGCUUCUGCAAGUGCUGCAGGGAGACGGGGUUGCAGCGGCGCUCGGUGCAGCUCUACUGCAGCGGCAACGCAACCUGGGUCAGCUACACCAUCCAGGAGCCCACCGACUGCUCCUGCCAGUGGUCCUGAACACACACACACUCACACACACGCGUGAUGAGGACUGCAUGACUGACGCAGGAUGUGUAAGGGGCUAAAUUAUCUCACAGUAAGUUGCUCUGGUGCCUCUGCUGGCAGGAAGGUGGUACUGCAGCUGGUACUCCUCAUCAGCAUGAUGAAUUUGUCAUUUAUGAGAGUUUAGAUUUAUCAGAGGAAAUUUUUGAGAAUGAAUUUAUUAUCAGCUGUUAUUGUUUUAAAAGUUGUUAGUGUAUCAUUUUAACAUCAGUACACCAUCUUGUUGGUGUCUGAUUUUACAAGAAGCGUCACAUAAACCCAUGGGUUAGCGAGGUGGAGCGGACUGCUGGCCUCUUAUUCAGCACAGUGAUAUUAAUAAUACUCACAUUUCUCAGUAAAAGGACCACAUUUCCUGUCUAGCUUCUUUCUUCUUUCUAUUCCCCAGUCACACAUCUCUCUUUUCUUUUUCUUGUCCAUGUUCAGUGCGGUGCACACAAUGAUACCAAACAGCACAACAAGACUUUUCUCUGUUUAAUUCUGAAUGAAUUCCGGCUGAAUGACUGAUUAUAAGUUUGAAGACACCUGUGACACUAACUGAAAUAUCCCUACUACAAUUCAUUUAUCUAGUCAUUUUUUUUCCUGACUAUUUUCCAAGCUCUUUGUAGAAUAAGCAGGAGUUCAGCU